AUGGGUGAGAUUUUACUCUGGGGGGUAUUCAGUCGCUGUUCAAACAAAUGUUCCUUGGACACCUACCUAAAGGCCUUUGGGGCAAGUGAAUGCGAGGGCAUCUUAGCAGAGGACCUCAAUCGAACAUUUGGCUUAAGGAAACCAUGGUUCUUCCCCUUUACCACCUCCUAUUGGAAGAGUGUAGGUGGCUUGGUGAGAUCCGGCCUGUUCUUCAUCAAUGAGAAUGUUGACAGUAAAGGGUCAUCUGCACCAAGCAGUGAAGAAAAGCUUGAAGAAGGUCCUCCGGGGGUCACCAUGGUAUCUGUGACCAAGAAAUACGAGGGCCACAAGGCAGUGGUCCAAGACCUCACCCUCACCUUCCACAGAGACCAGAUCACCGCCCUGCUGGGGACAAAUGGGGCUGGGAAAACCACGACCAUAUCCAUGUUGACGGGGCUCCACCCUCCCACUUCUGGAACCAUCAUCAUCAAUGGCAAGAAUCUGCAGACAGACUUGGCUAGGGUCAGAAUGGAGCUGGGCGUGUGUCUGCAGCAGGACGUCCUGCUGGACAACCUCACCGUCAGAGAACACCUACUACUCUUUGCUUCCAUAAAGGCACCCCAGUGGACCAAGAGGAAGCUACAUCAGCAAGUCAACAAAACUCUUCAGGAUGUGGAGUUAACUGAGCAUCAGCACAAACAGAUCCGAGCCCUGUCUGGAGGCAUGAAGAGGAAGCUGUCUGUGGGCAUUGCUUUCCUGGGCACGUCGAGGACUGUGGUUCUGGAUGAGCCUACCAGUGGUGUGGACCCUUGCUCCCGCCGCAGCCUCUGGGACAUUCUGCUCAAGUACCGAGAAGGUCGUACAAUCAUCUUCACAACCCACCACCUGGAUGAAGCAGAAGUGCUCAGUGACCGCGUGGCUGUCCUCCAGCAGGGGAGGCUCAGGUGCUGUGGUCCUCCCUUCUGCUUGAAGGAGGCAUAUGGCCAGGGACUCAGCCUGAUACUCACAAAACAGCCUUUAGUUCAUGAUCCAAAGGACGUGGUUUGUAUUACAUCUCUGAUACAGAUCUAUAUCCCACAAGCAUUUCUCAAAAACUGCCGUGGGGGUGAGCUGACCUACACCAUUCCAAGGGAUGUGGACCGGACCUGCUUCAAAGGGCUCUUCCAGGCCUUGGAUCAGAACCUGCAUCAGUUGCACCUGACGGGCUAUGGGAUCUCAGACACUACCUUAGAAGAGGUGUUUUUGAUGCUUUUGCAAGAUUCCAACCUGAAAUCGCACAUUGCUCCAGGAACCAAGUCAGAGCCACAGAACCAUAGGCCUGCAGGACGUCCUCCCGGCUACCGUAACGGGGGUGACAUGGACCUCACCCAUGUGCUUCUACGGAAGUUUAGAGAGCAAGACCUGCCCCGUGUGGAUGCAAACCUUGACCUGAAGAAUUCUUCCUGCUGGCUCAUGGAUCCCUCUUCUCACCUGGAAUCCCAGGAUUCGUGCGGCUGCCUGAAGUGUCCAAACAGAAGUGCCAGGGUUCCCUACCUGACCAACCACCUCGGCCACAUACUGUUGAAUCUUUCGGGUUUCGAUUUCGAGGAUUACCUGCUGGGGCCAUCUGAAAAACCAAGGCUUGGAGGUUGGUCUUUUGGAGAGCGAAUCCCCAGUGAAGCACAAGGUACCAGUGCUAACGUGUCAAAACCCAAAACUCUGGCAAAGGUGUGGUAUAAUCAGAAGGCUUUGCAUUCCCUACCUUCCUACUUAAAUCACCUAAACAACCUUAUUUUGUGGAGGCACUUACCCCCUGCUGUGGACUGGAGACAAUAUGGAAUAACACUCUACAGCCAACCGUAUGGAGGGGCCUUGCUGAAUGAGGACAAGAUCCUGGAGAGCAUCCGUCAGUGUGGUGUUGCCCUCUGCAUUGUGCUGGGAUUCUCCAUCCUGUCUGCAUCGAUUGGUAGCUCCGUGGUAAAGGACAGGGUGACCGGAGGCAAAAAGCUGCAGCACAUAAGUGGCCUUGGCUAUAAGACGUACUGGUUCACUAAUUUCCUCUUUGAUAUGGUCUUUUACUUGGUUUCCGUCUGCCUGUGUGUCGCCAUUAUUGUCGCCUUCCAGUUAACAGCUUUUACUUUCCGAGAGAACUUGGCAGCCACAGCCCUCCUGCUGGCCCUUUUCGGAUAUGCGACUCUCCCAUGGAUGUAUCUGAUGUCCAGAAUCUUCUCCAGUUCGGAUGUGGCUUUCAUCUCCUACAUCUCCUUAAACUUCAUCUUUGGCCUCUGUACAAUGCUCAUGACCACCAUGCCCCGGUUACUGGCCAUCGUCUCCAAAGCCAAGAAUUUACAGAACAUCUACGAUGUCCUCAAGUGGGUUUUUACUCUUUUUCCUCAAUUCUGCCUGGGUCAAGGACUGAUAGAACUCUGUUAUAAUCAGAUUAAAUAUGACCUGACCCACAACUUUGGCAUUGAUUCUUAUGUGAGUCCCUUUGAGAUGAACUUCUUGGGCUGGAUCUUCGUGGAAUUGGCCUUGCAGGGCACAGUUCUUCUCCUCUUAAGGAUUCUGCUGCACUGGGACCUUCUGCAGUGGCCAAGGGGUCACUCUGUCCUCCAAGGCACAGUCAAAUAUUCUAAGGAUGUGGAUGUCAAAAAGGAGCAAAUGAGGGUGUUUGAAGGAAGAACCAGUGGAGACAUUCUUGUGUUGCACAAUCUUAGUAAAAGUUAUCGAAGCUUUUGUCAGGAGAUCACCGCUGUGCAAGGCAUCAGUCUGGGCAUACCAAAAGGAGAGUGCUUUGGGCUUCUCGGGGAGAAUGGAGCUGGAAAGAGCACCACCUUCAAAAUGCUGAAUGGUGAAGUCCCUCCAACUUCAGGACAUGCUCUUAUUAGGACGCCCAUGGGAGAUGCGGUGAACCUGUCUUCUGUGGGUGCAGAUGGCAUUGUCAUUGGCUACUGUCCGCAAAAGGAUGCCCUGGACGAGCUUCUGACUGGCUGGGAACAUCUCCAUUAUUACUGCAGCCUACGUGGAAUUCCAAAGCAGUGCAUCCCUGAGGUGGCAGCAGACCUCGUGAAGCGCUUACACUUUGAAGCCCACGCGGACAAACUUGUAGCCACCUACAGUGGGGGAACCAAGCGGAAACUCUCUACAGCCCUGGCCCUGGUGGGGAAACCUGACAUUCUUUUGUUGGAUGAGCCCAGCUCUGGGAUGGAUCCUUGUUCUAAGCGGUACCUGUGGCAAACAGUGAUGAAUGUGGUUCAAGAAGGCUGUGCUGCAGUGCUGACCUCCCACAGCAUGGAGGAGUGUGAGGCUCUCUGCACGAGACUGGCCAUAAUGGUCAAUGGCAGCUUCAAGUGUCUUGGUUCUCCUCAGCACAUCAAAAAUAGGCAGUUAAAUAAGACAUACUGAAGUCAGCUGGUGACAGACCACACGGAGAAGGAAGCACUGGCAUAGGAGGCAUUGCAGAAAAAAAUAAUAGAACUUUGCAACUGGCUGAUCUGGUGCUUAUGAAAAGGAGGAGACUUAUGGGCUUGGGAGAUGAAAAUAUAGCGAUGUCAUUAGAGAAAUUAAGAAGUCAGAAAGGGCUGUGAGGAUGAGGAGGAUUCUGGGCAUUGGGCAUGUUCACGGGGAAGUACCAGUGGGCUGUUUGGAUAGUUCACCGUGAAGAAGGAUUGUUGAUAUU